AUGCACAUCAAAUUUCUGCCAGCGGUCUACUUACGGAAGUUCGUUCUCACUGCUGUCACGCCAUACCGCGUUUGGUCACUCAAUCUAGUGGCUAGGACAGACACAAGUCACAACCGCCAUCCAUCCUUCAAAGGACCGCAAGAAAAAUCGCCGUUUGCGCUGGUCAUUCGAGACAACCAGCCGUGCUGCCGCUCCGCCGUGACUGAACCGAAGGGCUUGACGGCAAUGUCGACGACCAUCAAUGACGCGCGACAGCAACUCGUAGAUGAAAGGCUGGCAGAGCUAGAAGAACUAAGUGACCGCCGGAACGAUCUUUUACGUGAAAUGCUCCGUCUUGUACGGUAUGGUGAAAGUGGCAGUUCAUCCGUACUGCUCGAGGAGGAAGAGGUGGAUGAUGAAGAGCUUGAACAGUUUUUGGAAAGGUUUGACUUAAGGAAGAAUACUGAGACAGGCUCAAUCUUGACGCUUGAAGUCCCUGAGCUGAUGCUCGAGGCUGGUCUUUCAAGAGAGACAACACCUUCCGAGCCUCCUCCUGGAAUGGACGAACUGAAGCACGCGGAUGUUGGGGAAGAAGAAUUACAGUACCCGACUUCUUCACCUCUUAUUCCUCGUACGAAUGGCCGGCAGGCCUCAGAACGAAACGAAGCUGGUGCUGAGGAUGUAGCUAUGGACGUAGAUGAAACACCCGCGGCGCAAGAGCAAGAAGAAACUUCUCUUGACGACGAACAAGAGAAGGAGGCUGAAGAGGAGGAACCGCAAACGCCUCCUAGGAAACGGGCGAGGACGAGUUCUCCUAUAGCUCCGAGACGGCGGGGACGGCGAAGAUCAGAUGUGUUGGAUGAAGACGAAGCCAUGGAGGACACAGAGAAUCCUCCGGAGCCUCCUGAGGAAGUAAGGAAGACAAGAUCCAAGUCAAGAAAGAUGACAACUCCACCGCCAGUUGAUGACGAGGAAGAGGACGAGCUCGACAUCAUUUCCCGUCGUUCGUCUAUCUCGCCAUCUAGACGACACCCUUCAAAACGACAUCUUUCUCCACAAACUUCUCCUAUAGAAGCUGAACCUAUUCAUGAAGAUACCGACGCCGAAGAGGUAGACGAGGCUGAAGCUGAGGAAGAGCCUGAGGAGUCUACACAUACUGCACGAGAAAAGCUAGAGGAAGAGACGAAAAUUGUGCCUGCUAGCCCUUCCACUCCGUCUGCUCGCUCGCCUUCGAAAUCACCUUCACUACCGCCUAUAGCACGAGGAUCGAGAGAGUCUCCAAUUCGAGCACCAAAGCAAAUAAUGCCUCAAUUUGUCGACAAUACGCCGCUCACACCACCCAGAUCACCACCACCUCCGGUUCUUAUACGCCUUCCUGUACAUCAACCAGAAAGGCCAGUUUUCCGCUUUGCUGAGGAGUCGGCUAGGCCUGCGCCAGGUGAGGUUGAAAUCAAGUCUGAAAAUGAGGCCACAGCGUCAACUUCUGCUUUGGAGCGGCCACCGGCACGGCCCCGUCUAGAAAAGGAAGCAGCAAAAAAGCCAUCGUUCAACUACACUCUUCCACCACUAUCAGCUCUUCCUGCUGAGUUUAACCGCAAAGGAAAGCCACAGAAACGUAAACGAGAUAGAGAACGAGAACGAAGUGGUUCAGACAUGGGAAGGAAGGACGACUGGGUCCCUCUGGGUAUGGCGAAGUGGUCUGCGUUACUAAUAGCAAACCCAGCGUACAAGAAGCUCUCGAGAGCCACCAAGUGUGUGAACACCAAAGACUGGAAUACUGCUGCGACGGAGCUCAAGCUUAUUCGUAUACUGGAUAGACUUGACGUACUGAAACGCACGGGCAAAUGGAGCUUUCGUCAGCCUAAGAAACAGCGCGUCGCGGCUAGUCUAGUAAAGACACACUGGGACUAUCUCAUGGAUGAGAUGAAAUGGAUGCAAGUGGAUUUCAAGGAAGAGAAACGUUGGAAAGUAGCUUUGGCGUACGAACUUGCUUUGUCUGUGCUAGAAUGGCAUGAAGCUGGAUCGUACGAAGAACGGAUUAGGUUGGGUAUCUGUGCGCGAUGGAGAAGACCUGAUCCUCUGGAGAUUCCAGCAAUCGAUGGUGUCCAGCCCAUGGAAGUUGAUACCGCUCUUGACUCAUUAUUAGAUGGUGAGGGACGAGACUCACCUCAUCCAGACGAUAUGCAAGCGAACGAGGACCUCGACGCUGCUGCUAGUGAUAAUGAGGAAGAUGAAGUCGAGGAUCAAUGCGCCGUCACUGCUGCCCUGAUUCCGGAUACAAGUAUUGCUGAAGCUCUGGACGAAGCCCCUCAGGCUGUUCCAAUCCCUGACGAAGCCGAGGGCCCUUCAAUGACAAUGAAGUUAGAGGAGUUGGAGAAUACGGAUGCAUUGCGUUUGGCUGAGGCUGCAAACAGCGUGCAUAAUUCCCGAGAUCCAAACCAGAUGCCUCAAGUCACGGCUGAUCAAUGGUCAGAGAGACCAAAGACCGAAGCAGUUGAUCCAUCACAGGCUUUGAAGGGGAGUUCGGAUAAUCCGAUCUUAGAUUCUCAGCCGUCCGGUUCUACAUCUGCCCCCGAUCCCGCACAGAAGGAUGUCAAAAGCUUGUGGACCCCAGAACAAACGAAAACAUUGCGAUCUUCGUUGCUAUCUCAGCCUGGAGAGACCUUGCUCGUAUCCUUGGACCAAUUUGUGCCUUUAACAGACGAGGAGCUAAUGAAAUCACUUGCGCCUGAGGGCAAUUCCGCCGAAACGUCUACAAGCAUCGGCUUGACAGCGCUCUUCCCAGAGUUACAGCCUUUUUCAAUGAUUGAUGUACCGAAUUCCGAGAUCGUUGGAUAUAAUUCAGACGGGAAGAGGAAAAGCGACAAGAAGGCGGACAGGGACGACCCAACGAAGCGAGUCGACGAGACGACUUAUACCAAACUUUGCCCAACAAACCGAUUCAUGCACAUGAAGCCGACCCUAGUUAGUGCGUUACAGCCGGCAAAGAAAUGGCGGAAAGGCAAAUGGCUCGAUUUGGACGAGUCACCAGUUGUGAGCGAUGUGGACAGCCCUCCAUCAAUGCCUAGUACAGAAAAUAGCUGUUGUAAGUCAGAAGUCCCUUCUAAGUUGUUUAGAGCUCAGGCGAUGGUCCUUUCAGCAUUAUUCGAGGGUCGCAAAAUAUCAAUACCAUUCCAGCCGCCGCUUAUGCUUCAUAACUUCUCGAAGAUGCCCCACAAUACCGUCAAGAAGCAAGAAAUUCCCUGGUCUUUAGCUGAGGACAAUAUGCUAAAAAGCCUAGCUGAGCGGUACCCGUCAAACUGGCGACUUGUUGCGGAUGCAUUGAAUUCAUCCAGAAUCCGGACGAGCAUAGACUUGCGAACACCACAGGAGUGCUUUGAGAGAUGGAGAGCAAAAUGCGGUAUUCAGAUUCGUCAGGCGCUUCCUCCAAAUGCACAACAGCCGACCGCCCCCUAUACCAACAACGAGGAACCCUCUCUUCCUAACCCGUUAGCAGGUAUUGACACGCCCCCGCCCCCGCCUCCAUCGACAUCGUCAGCACCUGUGACUGCCUCUCAAAUGACGACUAGAGGAAUCAAGCGGCUUGCCACCUCCGCUGCGCAAAACGCUGCGAAUCUCACCAUCAAUACGAGUGUGCCAACGGUGGAAGCUCGUAAACGAAAACGACACCUCAUUAUCCAUGAAGCGGUGCGUAAGACACUGGCAAGGAGACAGAAACUGCGAAAGCAGGACGAGCUUAAAUAUCAAGCAUCAAGUACUGUAGCACCAGUACACGAUACGCAUCACCAGUUCGGUAACAAGACGAGAUACACCCCACUAGAGCUAUCGCAGAUGAAAGCCGAGCGGGAGCGAAAAGAGUUUGAUCUGCAGCUCAUGCGCCGUAGGGAGCUUGAAGCUAAACGCCAACAGCAGCAACAGCAACAGCAGCAGUUGCAUGCUCAGCUUCAACAGGUCCAGCAACAGCAACAGCAGCAGCAGCAGCAGCAGCAAAUGGGUCAGCAGGGGGUUAACAUAUCACAGAACGUACCACAAAUACGUGCACAACAAGUCGGUAUUUCUCAACAUCAACAGCAAAGGCAGUCGACUCAAGUUGGAUCUGUUCCUGUUUCUCCACAGUUGAUGCAGGCACAAGCCGCCCAGCGAGCUCUUGCCCAAGCGCAAGCACAGGCCCAAGCACAACAAGUGCAAUCACAGGGGCAACAGGCCCAGCCGCAGGCCAGUCUUACGCAGUUGCAAGGACAAAUGACUGGUGGUCAAACAAGUAUCAACGGGAACGUCCCUCACCUCUCGGCGCCAUUCGUCAACCACGGCGGAGCGAGUUCGCCUGUCGCUCAACAUUCUUCUCCGCCACGAUCUACAGCCACACCUGUGAAUUCCACUGCGAAUUUCCCAAGGCCCGCUUCCGCUCAGCGAAACGUUGCGAUGCCAGGAGGCCAAGUCCUUCCAAUUGCAAGCAGCUCUGUCCCGAUUGCUCGAACAAAUAACGCACUAGCGGCGUAUAUGGCGAACAAUGGUGGUGUGCAGUACACGCCAGAGCAGAUCUCUCACUUGAUGAGACUUCAGCAACAGCAGCAGAUGCAGAUGCAGAUGCAACAGCAACAGCAACAACAACCAAUGCAGAUGCAGAUGCAGCAAGGACAGCAGAAUGCUCAUCAGGGAGGCAUGCCUGGUUACCCACCGACUGGUUGA